UCAAAGGCUGAUUACUGGAAAUCACAGCCGAGGAAGUUCUGUCAGUACUGCAAAUGCUGGAUCGCGGAUAAUAAACCCAGCAUCGAGUUCCACGAGAGAGGGAAGAAUCACAAGGAAAAUGUCGCGGCCAAGAUUUCAGAGAUUAAGAAGAAAAGUGUGGCGAAGGCCAAGCAGGAGCAGAAGAUGUCGAAGCAGUUCGCAGCGAUGGAGGAAGCGGCUCAGAAGGCGUAUGAGGAGGAUCUGAAGAGGCUGGCGGGUCAAUCGUCAGGUGAGAGUGUGGCUCCGUCUGAAGCUCCUGUUAAAAAGCAGAAAAAACCCAAGAAGCAGUCAGCGAGCGUCCCGUCUGAGAGCCGGCUGGACGUCUGGCUGAGAGGAACCACAAACAACAACGGCCUGCUGUAUUACUACACCGUCACUGGAGAGUCCAGCUGGGAGAAACCAGAUGAUUUCAGUUCAGAGGAUGUUGCUCCUCCUGGUGUUGAAUCUCCUCGUGAGGAGACGCGAGCAGCAGAAGAUUUGCCGCCGCCUCAGCCGGAGUCUGUGUCUGGAGCUGAAGACACAUCUGACCCUCCUAAAGACACUCCAGAACCAGACCAAACCGAACAAACCAGCGUCUCAAAGAUCAGUUUCAGGAAGAGAAAAGAAGAGCCGGUCCAAGCGUCAGCAGACGAUGGAGGAGAGAGAAGCUCAGAUGAUGGAGGAAACGGUGAGGAGAAACAGGAAGAUUCUGCCGUGACUGACACAGUGAAGAAGGACGAGACGCCAGUGAAGAGACCCAGAAAGACCAAUCCAUACGGAGCCUGGGAACAGAUCCAGCUGCAGGAGGAUCCAUACGAGAAGGUGGAUCUGCAGCUGCCGCAGGUGGAGAGCGUCGCUCAGACUGCAGUCGAUGUCCCUCAGGAGCCCAGGGCCAGAUUCAGGGAGCGCACCAUCACAUCGCUGGGGGCCGAGAGCAGCGCCGGAGCCACGUUCAAGAAGAGGAAGACCGAGAACGGCAAGUCCAGGAGCCUCCGGCAGAGAGAAACAGACGAGUAGAAGUUUCUCCGUAAGACUGAGAGAUCUCGCUUCAGAAUUUUUGUAUUUUAUAUAUAGAUGUUCAAACUGCCUUUACCUGCUUUAAAAUACAUUCUUGUGAAUAUUUCCAGAGAUCAGGUUUGUUUCCGGAUGUUUAAUGUCUGGUGUGAGCGAGUGUGUCUUAGAAUACUUGUAACUGUUGGCAUGAAGAAUCAAAGCCAUAGUUUAAUUAAACACUUUCUAUCUCACA